AUGCUUGGUACUGUGAAAUUAACUGCGAAAGAUCUGCCUUGGUGGCAAAAAGAUGGUGAACAGUGGCCUGUGGAUAGUGCGACUAGUGAAAAGCUCUUCCGAUUCCGCUGGGGGGAAAGUCAUACUCACGAAGAUAACUAUCGAGGUCUCCAGACGAUCUUCAGAUACAUUUGUGCGAAGGGCGCCGAGUUUAGUCCUGCAUCUGCAAAGGCAUUGCGUGCAAUUAGCGACGAAGAAUUGCUUGAUCGUGUGCAGACCAAAUACCAAGAUUUGCAGAAAGCGUUAUGGGCAGCCAAGCUGCUGUUAUCAUCUCGCAUAACCACCACAACAGAGGCUUCCGAAAACCAAGGCACAUUACGGGAUGCGAAACUGUCAAAGGGCGUGCGUCAGAGUCGACAACAAGGUAAAUGCGAGGUUCGCGAACAGAAAUUCGCCGCAUUAUCUGAUGAUUCAGAGUUCAAGACUGAUGCCUUCAAGACUGCCCUUAUCCCCCAGCUCAUGUCAGAAGACGACGAUGAGACAAAUGAAGAAGGACAUCUCACCAGAAGAUACAUCUCUUGUCCUUGGGUCUGGGCCAGUGAGCAGAGAAACCAAUUUAUUGCUGCUGUCGAUGCUCAACAGGACCCUCAUCCACCGAAACAUUACACUAUUCGGGUGCGAGGCAAGACACUCGAUGUCACUAUUCUGGAGAUUCAGAAGGUUGAACAUCAUGCGAGGAGGUGGAUGGUAUCGCAGGAGUGGCUUGCACAGCCAGAGAAUCAAAAGUAUGAUGACCCUGAAGAAACCAUAUCCGUCCAGAAGCGUGUCAAGAUCCAAAAGAAAGAGGUUGCUGCGCGUAGGAGAGUGAAAUUGGUAGACAAAGGGAAUACGAAGCCGGGGAAGGGCAAGAAAAAAGCAGGAUCGAAAAAGGACAAGGGGAAAGCGAGAGCGAUUGAUGUUGAUGAGGAGCCAACUCAGCCAAAGAACACGGUGCCUGCACAGCCUGUCGCAAGCACAUCAAUUGCAAAUCAGAUGGUUGACAACAGUGUUGAUAGCGACUUUGAAGAUUAA